CUGGCGACCCACCUGCAAGCGCCCAGGACUCAUCCCACUUCACUCAGUCUGCGAAUAGCGGUGGCAGACCGCACUCUGUGCCGUCGCAGUCACAAGAGCAUGUCAUCAUCGAGCCCUCCCAGCCCGUUUUCUGAAGCCAUCCAUUUGUGGCUGCUCGACCGGUGACGUGAAUGCGUCGAGAUGCAGGAACCAGCAGAAGCAGCGUUGAAGUAUUGUUUGAUCAUCCUUCUGAAACGCGCUUUUUGCUCGGUUUGCGGGAGCGGCCAUUGGCCAUCUUUAGGUUUCUCGCUCUCUAGCCUACCACCCUCUGCGGUUUGCAUGGUGAUCAGAGUGGUGAUAAGCCGCGCUUGGGUCCUCGCUGCCCUUCAGACGACGAUGCCCGCUGUUCUGUCGUCAAUUGCAGGACAGCUUGUGCAGCGUAACGCCGCCCCGCGAGCCAGUGAGAGUGCCAAUGAAGCCGUUUCAGAAUUGCUUUUAGCUGGUAUUAUCGUUCUAACCGUUCUGUUGCUCGUACGAGUCAGCGAAUGGGGAACGCCGGUGGCUCUGCCUGUCGAGUGCAAGCGCCGCUCGGCUUGCAGCUUGGUGCCGUCACCACCUUCAUGCAGUCGGAAAAGGGUCAUCACAAACCCCACGUUUCGGCGUUUUCAGGACUUGUAGCUGCAGCUUCAUAUCUCGAGAGGUGUUGUUGCUGUUACCG